UUCUUCCCUUCGCGCGCCGUGACGGCGCUGCAGCGCGGUGACGCGGAAAGUGUGUGCCCGCCAUAGCAAUCGCCGCCGCCGCGGUGUGUGCGGGGCCGAGCGCAGGGGCCGGGAGCAGCGGCGGGGAGCCAGCGGGGCAUCGGGCAGGCUAAGCCAUGACUUCAGGGUCUGGGCAUGUGGACUCCAAGGCUGAACUCACUGCUUUGCUGGAGCAAUGGGAGAAAGAACAUGGCAGUGGGCAAGACAUGGUCCCUAUCCUCACCAGAAUGUCUGAGUUAAUUGAGAAGGAGACUGAAGAAUACCGCAAGGGGGAUCCGGACCCGUUUGACGACAGACACCCUGGUCGAGCAGAUCCAGAGUGUAUGCUGGGCCAUCUGCUGAGAAUACUUUUCAAGAACGACGACUUCAUGAAUGCGCUGGUGAAUGCUUACGUGAUGACAAGCAGGGAACCCCCAUUAAAUACUGCUGCCUGCCGACUCCUUCUGGACAUCAUGCCAGGACUGGAAACUGCUGUUGUCUUUCAGGAAAAGGAAGGCAUAGUUGAAAAUCUAUUUAAGUGGGCCCGAGAGGCGGAUCAGCCAUUGAGGACGUAUGCAACUGGGUUGCUAGGAGGUGCUAUGGAAAACCAAGAUAUUGCUGCCAACUACAGGGAUGAGAACUCGCAACUGGUAGCUUUGGUUCUUCGACGGCUACGUGAGCUACAGGGUAAUGAAAUGACCAUGAAACAGGAAAACAAGCGUCCCAGUCCUCGGAAACUGCCUUCGGAACCUCUGUUGCCUCUGGAUGAAGAGGCUGUGGAUAUGGACUAUGGGGAGAUGGCAGUAGAUGGGGAACAGGAGGAAGUUGCUGGGGAAAUGGACAUCUCUUUUCAUCUUGAUUCAAGCCACAAGACCAGCAGUCGAGUGAACUCUGCCACAAAACUUGAGGACAUGGGACUAAGGAAAAGCAAAUCAGGGAAACAGCAUGAAAGAGACAGCUUCCGGAAGGCCAAACAAAAACUGGGCUUCUCUUCUUCAGAGCCAGAGCGCAUGUUUGUUGAAUUAUCCAACAGCAGCUGGUCAGAAAUGUCCCCUUGGGUAAUUGGCACCAACUAUACCCUUUACCCAUUGACUCCUGCCAUAGAGCAGAGACUAAUUCUGCAGUACUUGACCCCCUUAGGAGAAUACCAAGAGCUGCUCCCUAUCUUCAUGCAACUUGGAUCAAGAGAACUGAUGAUGUUCUACAUUGACCUGAAACGGACCAACGAUGUGCUGCUCACCUUUGAAGCUCUAAAGCAUUUGGCAUCGUUGCUGCUCCACAACAAGUUUGCUACGGAGUUUGUUGCUCAUGGAGGAGUGCAGAAGCUGCUAGAGAUUCCUCGUCCUUCCAUGGCAGCUACAGGGGUCUCCAUGUGCUUAUAUUAUCUAUCCUACAACCAGGAUGCCAUGGAGAGGGUGUGCAUGCAUCCCCAUAACGUGCUGUCGGAUGUUGUGAACUACACCCUGUGGUUGAUGGAAUGUUCCCAUGCCUCGGGCUGCUGCCAUGCUACCAUGUUCUUCUCCAUUUGCUUCUCCUUCCGUGCUGUCCUGGAGCUCUUCGACAGGCAUGAUGGCCUCCGUCGCUUAGUGAACUUGAUCAGCACCUUGGAGAUCUUAAACCUGGAAGACCAGGGAGCCCUCCUGAGUGACGAUGAGAUCUUUGCCAGUCGCCAAACUGGGAAGCACACCUGCAUGGCCCUGCGCAGGUACUUUGAAGCUCAUCUUGCCAUCAAACUUGAACAGGUGAAGCAGUCGCUCCAGCGUACUGAAGGUGGCAUUCUAGUCCAUCCGCAGCCACCAUACAAGGCCUGUUCCUACACUCAUGAGCAGAUUGUGGAGAUGAUGGAGUUUUUAAUAGAGUAUGGUCCAGCACAGCUCUACUGGGAGCCAGCAGAAGUCUUUCUCAAAUUGUCUUGUGUGCAACUCAUGCUCCAGCUUAUCUCCAUAGCAUGCAACUGGAAGACAUACUAUGCCAGGAAUGACACAGUACGCUACGCUUUGGAUGUUCUGGCUAUUCUUACUGUGGUUCCUAAAAUCCAGUUGCAGCUGGCAGAGCCUGUAGAUGUGUUGGAUGAAGCAGGAUCUACUGUCUCCACUGUGGGUAUCAGCAUCAUCCUGGGAGUUGCUGAGGGUGAGUUCUUCAUCCAUGAUGCAGAGAUCCAGAAGUCAGCCCUUCAGAUCAUCAUCAACUGUGUGUGUGGCCCAGAUAAUCGGAUCUCCAGUAUUGGCAAAUUCAUCUCGGGAACCCCCCGACGAAAGCUCCCCCAGGCACCCAAAAGCAGUGAGCACACACUGGCCAAGAUGUGGAAUGUGGUGCAGUCCAACAAUGGCAUCAAAGUGCUGCUGUCAUUGCUGUCUAUAAAGAUGCCAAUUACGGAUGCAGAUCAGAUCCGAGCGUUAGCCUGUAAGGCCUUGGUGGGGCUGUCCCGUAGCAGUACCGUCCGGCAGAUCAUCAGCAAGCUUCCCCUCUUCAGCAGCUGUCAGAUCCAGCAACUGAUGAAGGAGCCUGUGCUCCAGGACAAGCGCAGCGACCAUGUCAAGUUCUGCAAGUAUGCUGCCGAGCUGAUAGAGCGUGUCUCAGGGAAGCCAUUGCUGAUUGGCACAGAUGUCUCCUUGGCUCGGUUGCAGAAAGCGGAUGUGGUGGCCCAGUCAAGGAUCUCAUUUCCUGAGAAGGAGCUGCUGCUUUUGAUUCGGAACCAUCUCAUCUCUAAGGGGCUAGGAGAAACUGCUACUGUCCUCACUAAAGAGGCAGAUCUACCCAUGACUGCGGCAUCUCACUCCUCCGCCUUCACCCCUGUUGCAGCCGCUGCCUCCCCUGUGGCUCUGCCUCGCACACCUCGUAUAGCUAACGGUAUCUCGGCCCGACUGAGUAGCCAUGCUUCUGUAGGUUCUACUGCCACCUCUGUCCAUGCUCAACCAAGGCCUUCUGUGUCCCAGGGUCCACUUGCCCUUCCAGGUCCUUCUUAUGCCAGCAACUCCCCUUUGAUUGGCAGGAUUAGCUUCAUCAGAGAGAGGCCACCACCCUGCAAUGGCAGGAAAAUCAGAGUGCUGAGACAAAAAUCGGACCACGGCGCCUACAGCCAGAGCCCAGCCAUCAAAAAGCAGCUGGACAGACACCUCCCUUCCCCACCCACGCUGGACAGUAUAAUUACAGAGUACCUUAGGGAGCAGCAUGCCCGCUGCAAGAACCCUGUUGCCACCUGCCCCCCUUUCUCUCUUUUUACUCCCCACCAGUGCCCUGAGCCAAAACAGAGGCGCCAGGCGCCAACUAACUUUACCUCGCGGCUGACCCGUAGGGCGGCCUUUCCGAAGUAUGGAGGGGUGGACGGUGGAUGCUUUGAUAGACACCUUAUAUUCAGCAGGUUUCGUCCAAUUUCUGUGUUCCGGGAAGCAAAUGAGGAUGAAAGUGGCUUUACCUGCUGUGCAUUCUCUGCACGGGAGCGAUUCCUAAUGCUGGGCACUUGCACUGGGCAGCUGAAGCUCUACAAUGUUUUCAGUGGGCAGGAGGAGGCCAGUUACAACUGCCAUAACUCUGCCAUCACGCACCUUGAGCCAUCCAGGGAUGGAUCUUUACUGCUAACAUCUGCUACGUGGAGCCAACCAUUGUCUGCGCUGUGGGGGAUGAAAUCGGUCUUUGACAUGAAGCAUUCCUUCCCAGACGAUCACUACGUGGAGUUCAGCAAGCACUCUCAGGAUAGGGUCAUUGGCACAAAAGGGGACAUUGCCCAUAUCUAUGAUAUUCAGACUGGCAACAAGCUAUUGACUCUGUUUAACCCAGAUCUUGCCAACAACUACAAGAAGAACUGCGCCACCUUUAACCCCACAGAUGACCUUGUCCUAAAUGAUGGGGUGCUCUGGGAUGUCCGCUCUGCACAGGCCAUCCACAAGUUUGACAAAUUCAACAUGACCAUCAGUGGUGUUUUUCAUCCUAAUGGGCUAGAGGUCAUAGUCAACACAGAGAUUUGCCUGAUGCUUCAGAAGAUGAUGUACCCUCUCCCCUCCCCCAGUGGACACUUAUGGGCUAGCCUAUUCAUAGGUGAAACUUUUAACUUCGGGGACAUUUAUUACCUUUGGAUAACUGGACAUUUGGAUAAAGCUAUGUUGCAGGCGGAUGAUGAAGAUGACCUACUGGAGGAGAGGAUGAGAAGCCCCUUUGGGUCAUCCUUCAGGACAUUCAAUGCAACGGACUAUAAACCUAUAGCCACCAUUGAUGUAAAACGGAAUAUCUUUGAUUUGUGCACGGACAGCAAGGAUUGCUAUUUGGCUGUUAUUGAGAAUCAAGGGAGCAUGGAUGCCAUGAACAUGGAUACAGUUUGCAGGCUCUAUGAGGUAGGCAGGCAGCGUUUGGCAGAAGAUGAAGAGGAUGAAGAGGAAGAUCAGAAGCCUAUGGAGGAGGAAGAACAAGAGGAAGAGGAUGAUGAUGAAGAUGAUGAUGAUACAGAUGACCUUGAUGAACUAGACACUGACCAGUUGCUGGAGGCCGAGCUGGAGGAGGAUGAAAACAAUGAGAAUGCUGGUGAGGAUGGAGACAAUGAUUUCUCUCCCUCUGAUGAUGAGGAGCUUGCCAACUUGCUGGAAGAGGGGGAUGAAGGUGAAGAUGAGGAUUCUGAUGCAGAUGAAGAAGUUGAGCUGAUCCUUGGUGAUACUGACAGCUCAGAUAACUCUGACUUGGAAGACGACAUAAUCUUGUCUCUGAAUGAGUGAGGAGUGACAACCACACAGGGUGUUGGCAUCAGGAGAAGUUCCCUUCGCAGAAGACAAGAGACCAACUCGGAAGCAAUUUCUGAGCACCCCUUGGGACAUCCAAGGAACUCCAGCCCAUCAGUUGUGUUUGUUUGGGUCAGAUUGAGGCGCUUGAAUAAACAGACCAGGGGCUAGGCCUCUUUCUCUGCCUUUUUUUUUUUUUGUUAAGUUUUAAUUUUAGGCUGAGAUGAGACUCUCCUCUCCACGGAAACGUCUGAAGCUAUUUCAGAAUAUAUUUUCUUUGUACAAAGUUCUUUCCUAAAGAACAAAAAUAGUUUUAUAUAAAACCAAAAAAAAAGCAAAAAAAAAAAAAAAAAAAAAAGGCAGGUGUUAUAGUAAAAAGAGUCUGAACUUUGUAUCAAUCUAGUACCUUGUUACCACGGGUCAUGCUUUGGGGGAGAAAAAUUGUUUAAAAUGAACAAAAGGGGCAUUUUUACUCAGAGUACUAAAUGAAUAAGAGGAUCAUGGUUUCUAAAAUUGCUGAGAAGUGAGAAUUUUUUUUUUUUAAAACAGGUGUUGCCAUCUGCUGCUAGCUUGUGUAUGCGUCACCUGCCUUCAGAGAAAAGCCCAAGGGGGUAACUGAACCUCCAGCCUGCUUUAAGCAGAGGUUCUUGCUGUAAUAGCAGCCAGAGGGGGAGGCUGACACCCUGGUAUUCAUGGAGACAAGGGGCUCUGGGAUUGCAGUUUGGACCCUUUUUCCCCCCCUUGUGAUUCAAGGUUUUUUUUAAUCUUUUUUUCUCCCUUUCACACCCUCUGUGGAAACUGCAAAUUGAAGGUCUUUCUUUAAUGUAAAGUGUAUUUAUUAAAAAAAUAAAAUACAAGUCCUGUCUCUA